AUGUCUCUCGCCCAGCUCUCCAAUUUGCUCCCUCUUCCCGAACCAGAGCUUAGACAGGUCCUCGACUAUGCAGGGACACUAUCCAAACAACAAGCUGCGGAUCAUUUCAAAGAUCUACUCGGGGAAUCACCACAAUCGAUAGAGUUCAUCUCGAGCUUCAACUCCCGCCGCAAAGACCUUCCUACAUCGUCACCAUCCCCAUCACAACCCUCUACAUCCGAAGCAAGUCCAAGCUCUGGAGUUCCCAAACCCGGACGCAGACCGAAGAAAGCGAAAGCUCCCCUCCACACGCCGUCACCCCGUCAAAUACAAGAUCACGCUGCGCAAGGCACCGCAUAUGUGAAGAAGAACGAAGACGAUUAUAUCACGAAAAGGCCUAUUCCUCAAGCCACGUCCUCCACUUCUGCAUCAACAUCCAAUAAUGCCUUUGCCCUACAACAGAAGCCAAAACCCAACGUUCAAGCACCUACCCAAAAGCCACCUCCCUCGGCCGCUGGAACCCUAAUAUCAGACUUUAAAUCCAAGAGCAACAACUCUUCCCGCAAAGCCUCCCGAACAUCCUCCCCCGCACCCCCUUCAAAGACGAAAAUAAAUAUCACAGGCGGAACCUCCAUGCACGGCGCCUCCUCAGUAAUCAACGAGUUAGACGCUGCCAUCUGCAGUUUAGAAGUCAGCACCAACAGCUCCCUAUUGCCCUCCAGCGAUAAGCGAAAAUGCAACUGCAUCGGUGCCCGCCAUCCUCUACUAGCAGCAGCGCCAAACUGCUUGAACUGUGGAAAAGUCAUAUGUGUGAAGGAGGGAUUGGGACCUUGUACAUUUUGCGGGACCCCGUUACUUAGUGCGAUGGAAGUACAGGGCAUGAUAAAAGAAUUGAAGGAGGAGAGGGGAAGGGAAAAGAUGGUACUUGAUGCGUCUAGUCAUAGGCGGGCUGAGGUCUCCAAGAAACCUGCUCCUUUUACUAGAAAUGCGGAGAUACCCGCAAUGAGCCCUGCGGAGGCGAAGGCCAAGGAGCAUAGGGAUCGACUUUUGGGAUAUCAGGCUCAAAAUGCGAAGCGGACGACGGUCAGGGAUGAGGCUGCAGAUUUUGAGACGCCUAUUACAGCGGGGACUAAUAUUUGGGCUAGUCCUGCGGAGAGGGCGAGACAGUUGAAGAAACAGCAGAAGGUGCUUGCCGAGCAGGAGUGGAAUGCUAGACCGGAAUAUGACAAGAGAAGACAAGUCGUUAGUAUCGACUUAGUGAAGGGGAAGGUGGUUAAGAAGAUGGCGGCCAUGGAGAGGACGCCGGAGAAGGAGAGCGAGAGCGAGGAGGAAGGAGAAGCGAUUCCGCUAAGUGAUGCCAGCGGGAAUAGCACUGGUGGCGGUGGGAAAUUCAGUCGGAAUCCCCUGUUAGGAGGCCUCAUUAAGCCUGUGUGGAAUAGCGGGAAGGGCAAGGAGACUGCAACGGACACUCCUCCCAAUGAAAGUAGGAAGAAAACCUGGCGGAGAGUCCAAGAUGACUUAGAGGAUAAUGAGGCUGUUAUUCUAGAUGGAGGUGCAUAUGGUGGCGGCAACGUCAACCAACCUCUCGAGCGAGAGGAGCCUGCAUGUGGGUAG